CCAUUAUUGAGCUUACAAUUCUUCAUUGCUCGUCUACUCCAGGACAUUUAGACAAACUGGCACACUUUCAGAGCCUUGUUUAGCAAUAAUCAACACCAGAACAAGCCAAGUGUCGCGAUGGGAUCCCUACGCUCCAAAUCUAGUGAUGCAGAAUAAUAUUCUCACCAGUUGACAGGAGUAAAUGCCCUGUCUCUCUUUCUAUAAGCUCUAUGGGCCUGCUGGUACACAGACAAACCACGUCGCUGUUCAUCUAUGAGCCCUUGUGCUACACAUGAUCCCCACCAUUUGAUGCGAUCCUGGCGUCAGGUUCCCCAAGUCUCUAUGCCUUCCCUUUUCUCUUGUUUCCCUCGCUUUUGCGGCCCAUCAUUGGCCCGCCACUGGCCCGCCAAGCAUUAUGAUGGCUGCACACCACUUACAAGUCCUCAGGUGCCCCCAGAACUCAAAUCACUCAUAAAGCACACUUCGCCCACCUUCACUAUUCCAUCCCGUCUCAUCAUGAAGAAAAACGCGGGCUGUCAUCUGUCUCACAGUGUUAUUUGUUACGUCAAAUUUAGCUAAAUCAGUCAGGGGCAAUUGGUGCCCGUUCCCGCCCCUCCAUCAUGAUCACUGCUCAACCCCGAUAUCACCUCAUCCCCUUUCCCAAGCUAUCUCCUCGGGGAAGCAUGCCGAACGCUGAGUUCCGCCGCCAAUCUUUUCGCUUUCAAGCUGAAGCACAGCAUGACCGAAGUACCGGUUGUGGAAGUACCGAUUCCCGAGGGCGUCUGUGUCACGAUGAACUGUCCAAGUCCACGAGGCAGUUCUGAGUUAUGAACGGUGGCGCGGAUUGCACCAGCACCAUUAUGGCCCGACCAUGGGCAGCACCCAUUGUUACGCCUGUCCUUCUUCAAAUACCAUCCAUCCCAGCCUUUCUGUACCCAUGGCUCGCCCUCUUUCUCGUCAACGUUUUGGCGUUGAACCUGACUCUCAAAUAAUUCUGGGUUGCUGAAACCAGCUACCCUAUGUGACGCCGCAUUUUGGACCCACGGAUUGUCUAUUCCUGCCACUAUAUUUAUAUACUCUCGAUCAUCGGGAGCACUCCUAUCCAGCUUGAUCAUGGCAGCUGUCGACCCCAACGAUUCUCCCCACGCUGGCCCUCCUGCUACCUCUGUCAUUCUCGCCAUCAUGAUCGCCAUUCUCAUCCUAGGUUGCGUCUUCGUCGCCCAGCGAUCCUCAACCCUCGAAGUAAUCCGCGAGACUAUCACCGAGCGGAUACGAGGGGGGAGAGCUGGCGUUGGGGAAGAAACCCUGCAGUUGAUGCCGGUCGUCAAGUACAACGAAGCCCUCAUCGACGAGCUGGAGAGUCCGGGACGAGCAAAAUCUGUUUCAGUAUGGACGAGGACAAGGUUGAGAUUUUGGAGCUGGGCUCAGAAGAAGAAGGACAGGGCAGCGACUCCAUCAACUGAACACAGUGAUGGCGCGUUAGAAAGCGGCACGCUGAGGCCCGAAAAGAAACGAUCAUCAACAAGAAGUCAUAGCUGCGCCAUCUGCACCGAGGACUUUGUCGAAGGAGGUGAUGUUCGGAAGUUGUCAUGUGGACAUAUCUUUCACCCGUCGUGCGUUGACCCGUGGCUGCUGCAGUUUGCGGUUACAUGUCCAUUAUGCCGAGUUGAUCUCCAGGCCAAGACGGCAGUCAAUGCUGUGACGAGACCUCAACGAGCGUUAUAGCGAGACACAAGCAGAGUUGAGUGAGAAGCAGGGAACCUUGGAGGAUAUGUCAGGCUACCAGGAUGGUAGAGCUACACAUAAAAAGCGAGAGUUGUUGACAGGCUGGGCCCAAGAGAUAGUUGACUCCAAACACAUAAGUAGGUAG